AUGCUUCGCUGUACCAAUGGCGCUGCGCUUCGGACCAGUGUCCAGCACACUGUCGGAUUGAGAAGUCUGCCGGUCUCACGAUCUACUCAAGCCUCUCAGAGUAUCCUAUAUGCUGCUCCUCUUGCGCGCGCCGCACAGACAGGCCGAGUUGUGGGGCAACCUGUAGCCUGGGGGUCAAUUUCCGGCGUGAAGUGGUACUCAACAGAGGCUUCGGGGUUGGCCGCUGCGGAAGAGCAAAGUGCUGCUGAUUCAACGACGAAUCUUGAGGACGACGAAUCACAACAGAAACCGAGCUGGGGCAAGAGAAAAUACUACCAGGACCAUGUGCUGUUGGAGAUUGCCAGCGCCGGGACGCAUCCCGAUGGUGGUCCCUUAGCGGACAUAGUCAGGAAGAAGGUGGUAAAGAAGGAGUUGAAGUGGUUGCAGGAUCCUAAGGCGCUGGCGGACCGGGUCGCCAAAAUCUUGCAAGCCGACGAUUUUGCUCUCGCGGUGGCGAUUGUUCGCGGGGCGCAGAAGGAGAAUAUGGAAUGCUCAGUCGGGUGGAAUCACUUACUGGAGUACUGUAUGGAGAAGAAGCAACCCAAAGCGGCAUGGAAGCUCUACAAUGAAAUGAAGAAGCGUGGACGAAAGCCUACUUCCUGGACUUAUACGAUUAUGUUAUCUAUCUAUGAGCUUAACUCUGCAGUCAAGCCUUCUAUCAUCCACAGCAACGCCAUGCUCACCGUAUGUGUUCGCCAAGGACAUACAGAUACACUAUGGGAGAUUGCGAGUGAGCUACCCGAGGACGGGCCAUGCUCGCCCGAUGCUGUGACAUACACCCUUAUAUUGAGAGCCAUCAGAGACGCCGUUAGUACUGAUGUGAAUAAGAUGUCUGAGAUUGAUCGCAUCUUGGAACGAAAGGCUCAGGGCGUCAAGGAAGGCAAACGAAUCUGGUCUGAUGUUGUCUACCGGUGGAGUAGAGGUCAACUCAACUUAGACAUCCAACUCGUGCGUACAAUGGCCCGCCUCUUGCUUGAAGGCGGCAGCGAGCGCGAUUGUUACGAUGUCUUCGCGCUCUUGAAUCAAACUACUGGGCUUCCCAUCCUGGUAAAGAAGCCCUCACCUGAGCGUCAGCGGGAGUCCGAGACGGUCAGACGUCAAAAGAGCCGAUCGGCAGAAAAUGAAGAGAUGGAAGACGUUCCCUUUGUAGACGAAGGCAACCGACCAUACAAACCAGCGGAGACCGAAAUGGAAGAACCCGAAGAAAAGGCAGAACAAAAAGAGGAAGAGGAAGAUGACGAGGAAUUUGAAAAUCUUUUUGAGCCAGUGGUGUCUACUGAUUCUGCUUCCAAAAUGAAGAAAGGCACCAUUGGUCCAUCCUACGUUGUGCCAGGUGACAAGGAGCUCACCAUACUCAUGGAAGCUUGUUUUACCAUGACUCAGGGUCUUGGUGUUGGAAAAGCUUACUGGCAGCAUCUAACGCUCGGGGAUCACGAGCAUACCAUCAAACCAGACAUGCCUUCGUUGCAUGCAUACUUACGACUACUAAGACUGUAUCGCGCUAGUCGUGCUACGGUCGAGGUUGUGCGCGACCAGGUGACCGAACCAGGAUGGAAAACGUUCCACAUCGCGAUGAGCUGUUGUCUUCGCGAUCGCAGGAAUAUCAACGUUCUCAAAAAUGCCAACGAACUAUUGGGAUUGAUGGACAAGUCCAUGGUCCUUCCCCACCCUCGGGCGCUUGAAAAGUAUCUUAACCUCGUGCAAGGACUACAGGACAAUCCACAGCAUCUCGUAUCAUUGAAUGGUCUGAAGACUGGGCGAAAAUCUUCGGACAGCCUCGACAUCAUGGGUCGGAGAUUACAGCUGAGCUUGCAGACAGUUGCUUUGGAGAACCUGCGUCCUCACGUUGACAAGCUUCAUGAGGCUAUGAAGAAUGGAAAGACUUCAUUUAUUGCACGGCGGGAGCGUCAGUGGGCGGCAGCGGGCGAUACAGUUUCUGGUGCGACCGCUCGCAAGGUGAUGGAUCGCACCCGAGGUCUGAUUGACGAGAUCCUCAAGCCCGAAAAUGCGUCCUUACUUUCCAAAUCGGACCGUGAGCAAUUCGAGCAGGAGUCGCAGAAACUCCGCGAAUACUCGGACGCUGAGAUGGUCCGAAAGUUCGAAUACGCUCGAGUGCAUCCCACCCUCGAACAGGUCAUGGCAUUCCAGGAGAAGCAUGACCCUAAAGAAGGCUGA